AUGCUUAACUGCAAGCCUGCUCCUACGCCUAUCGACACGAAGGCUAAGGUGUCCGCCGUUGAGGGUUCUCCGACGUCCGACGCUCCCUUCUACCGCUCCAUCGUCGAUGCGCUUCAAUACCUCACACUGACGCGUCCGGACAUUCAGUGCCUUCAUAUGCAUGCUCCUCGUGAUACUAAUUGGGCUCUGAUGAAACGUAUUCUUCGGUACAUACGUGGCACCACAGCUAUGGGUCUCACCCUGACGGCAUCACCUGACACCAGCCUUGUCGCCUACUCCGACGCCGACUGA